CUGUAAACCUGUAGCAGAAAAUUAAUAAGAUAGAUGUCGCUAGCCGAAAUCUGUGAACUAAUUUUAAUAUACUCAUGGAUACAAUGAUUUUAUUACGUUAAGGAUCAUUAAACCUUGUAAUUAUUUGACAGACCUUGUGACAAAUAAAAAGAAUUCUUAAGCGUCUAAUUCGAAAUUUUACGAUAUAAAUAAUCUGUGACGGGAUGUUGGUAAUUUUUAGUGUGAGAGUGGCAACCCAGUAUACUCACGUCAUUGUUUCCAAUCAGUUUUAAGUUCGGUACUAAUCGGUGCGUCUCGCUUGUUUGUUUUGUUUACAUUUUAUUUUCAUUUAAAACUUUUCUAACUUUGCCGUCCUUUGUUUACAUUAGUACACUAAUUAACGAUAAACGUAUAAGUGUUGUGCGUGACUGUGAUAUCUUAUGUAAUUACAUUGCAAUAUUAUUUGCAUGAGUUUAGUCAUCGUUCCGUGAAUAUAAAGUUUUGGUUUUCUGUUUUUGUGGUUUUUUUCGUGAGUUUUGUCAAUAUAAAGGGACUUCCGGAUCGUUACCGUGGAUAAUAGAGAUGAUCCGAUUGGUGGUGCCCGCGCUGCAAUUGGCGGAUACGUCCCCGUAAUGUAACGAGCUUCGCUGUGAUUGGCGGGGCGCGUAAUUAUCGCGUUCUGAUUGGUGGAAAAUGUCCGGAUUGCAGGCGAGGACUGAGGAGCCAAUCAAUGGUGUUGAUGUGAGGGAGCAAGGCAGCGCUUUGAGGGUGGCAACCAACACUCCUCACCUGGUGAGCCUGGGCACCGGUCGGCUGAGCACCGCCGUCACCUUGCAUCCCAUCAAGCAAGGUCGAGUCACCAUCGGUUCGGACCCGACAUGUGAUAUCUACGUGGUCGGUACCGGAGUAGCCAGCGUCCACUGCCGGGUCGAGAACUCCCAUGGAGUGGUCACGCUGUACCCGCUCAGUGGCAGCACGCUUCUGGAUGGGUUACCGGUGGACAAGCCGACUAGGUUGUCUCAAGGGAGCAUGCUAACUAUAGGCCGGUCGAACUACCUCCGUUUCAACCACCCGGCCGAGGCGAAGCUCAUGAAGUCGGUUCUACCAUCAGCUCACGUCUCCAUGGCUCCCGUCCAGUUCCAGCCCAAUGACCAGUGUGUUACACCAGCUUACGUGAACCACCACAAUGAAAGUUACCAAAACACCAACAUACAGAAGAUAUACAAAGAUAACUCACUAACUCAUUUAGACCAAGAACUAGAUAUGACACUCAAAGAAAUGUCCAGAAAGAAACCUCCAGUCGCACCCAAAAAACCUUAUAGAGACCUAGACCAGUCAGACUCAAACUCAGACCAAGAAUCCAGGCCAAAAAUGACAGGAAUAAUGGCAAAAGUAUCAAAAUUCGAGUACUAUGCGAAGCAACAGAAAAUUGGAAGAAGUCAGUUUUACACGGCAAACGAAAAUGAAAUAUCCCCGAAAGUAUUCAGUUCGAAUUCUCUAACAGUUAAUACCCCAGCGAAAGACGUGCUAGGAGGCAAAAGUAUGCCAAAUUACAUGAACAAAAUGAAAAACGUUUCCAUCAAUGAAAACAAUUCGAUAGACCCCAAAAAUUUUUCAUACGCCAACGUGGCUAUUAGAAACAAAACGAAAAUCGACGACAUUGUAAAAAACUUUAACGAACCGACUAAAGACUACAAUAAGUUACCGAAAAAAGUCAACAAUGAUGAACAAUGUGACAAUAUAUACGGGAAAAUUAACAUUGAUAGGAAACCUGAGGAAAAAUUAAAUCAAAAUGGACUAGAAUCGGGGAGUAACGUAAUGGAAUCAAGUAAAAAUGUGAUGGAAUUGGGGAAGAAUAAUUUGGAACUGUAUAAUAACUCGAAUAUAAUGGAGAAGAAUGAGAUUUAUGGGAAAAUUGAAAGGAAUAACGUGUCCAAGGGUAUCUGUUUGCCAUCGCCAGCUUUUGAUAGAAAUCCUCAAUACUCCCCUGUGUAUGCCAACACUCUGUAUGACAGGAGUAUGGAAGCUGAAACAAGAAGGUUGCGGGCGUACCAGGACCGCAUAAAGGAGGAGGAGCAGAAGGAAGCAGAGACUGCUCGGCUGGAGGAGAUCCUCAAUAUGUGCGCCGAGUAUGAGAGACAGAUCUCUUCGGGCAUCCCAAUAACGCCGACGGAGAAGAGGCCGCACAACAAGAUCAUCACAAACGGGUCACUCCCGCGCAGCGUCGCGCUAAACAACCCCAACUUUGUACAGACCAGCGAUGGGUAUUACAAGUUUGAAACUAGUCAUAACAAGAGUUCACCUAUGAGCCAGUCUCUUCCCAUCCAAAGGAACCUCUCCAGCUAUGAGAACUUCGACACCACGUCCCCCACAGAGCUCACUCCUGAGGUCGUCAUCCCAAAUCAAAACAACUACGAAAAUGUAGGCAGGAUGGAUGAAAUAGGGAUUCCAGUCUUCGAUGAUCCUUCUCCACGAAUGCACGAUCUUUCUAGUCCCAUUAUGAUAAGGAAACUCCAUAACCAAAGUGGGGAUCGUGUCCCUAACCUCUCCUCUCCCAUAGGAAGCCCCUACGAAAACGUCUACUAUAGAAAUAACGUGUACGGUAACUUGAAACCCAAAUCUCCUAACACUCAAAGCCCUAGGACUAGAAUUAAAACGACAUUUGCUCAUAAAAUGAAUCCACCUUCACCACAGUAUUUUAUAUUCCCCACUCCGCCUCCUGUAGAUAAUUCCAAAAAACCUAAUUUCGAACGGACAGAACAAGAAAAGCAAACUAGUAAUGAAAUUGACAAACCUAAAUUCGAUGGUAUUGAAAAACAAUUGAGUCUCGAAGAAGAAAUACCAAUGAUAGAUGAUGAUUUGACAAAUGACUUAGAAUUUAGAUAUUCCAAAGUAGCUAACGAUGAUAAAAAGGAAGCGACUCCCGAAAAGAGUCCAGACGUAGUUAUAAACAAAAACCAAAGUUUCGAUGACAUGAAAAAAGAACUAAUGGCAGACAUUCCAGAAUUAGAAGAAUUCGAAAAAGAUUUGAAAGAGAAUAAAAGAGAUAAGAUUAUAAAGAACAUCACAGAAGACAUUAAGAAGAUAGAUAUAGAAGCUGACUCUUUAGACAGUGCAGUUUUAGAUGACAAUGUAGAUGAAUUGAAGACUAAAUAUGAGAAAUUAAAAGAAGACAGGAAGAAGUUGGUGACAGAGAUACAUGAAAUCAAAUGCAAGAUGUCUGAAAUUAGGUUACAGGAAGAUGAUAUUUUGAGAGAGUUGGAGAUGGAGAAAGCCCUAAUCAAAGGAGAGUAUGACUCAGAAAUAGCGAUCCUAAACAUAGAACAGAAGAAAAAGAUGGACUUAGUGGAGAGUGCAAAGAAGAUUGAAGAAGAAAUAAAGCAACUGAAAGAUAAACAAGAGACGAGGCAAAAUGAGAUGAGGGAUAGAGUCGAGAUCGCUACGUUGAAAGUUGAAAGGCUAGAGAAAGACCUGAAGAGCAAUGCAGCCACUCUUGAAGAGUUGCAGAACGCGCAGGAUAUCCUAGACAAUGAGACCAAGAUCUCUGAGGACUUAGAAUUCCAACAUCUAGAAGAAGAGUCAGAGCUAUUAUCAAACAGAGAAGACAUCCAAAACGAAAUCAUCUUACUGACAAAGAAAAUAGAAGCGCAGAAGACGAGGAUACUAACAUUAAAAUCAGAAGCUAACAACAAUCUAACAUCAGCACUAGAUGAAACAAAAAUACUUCACGCAGAGUACGUGAGACUACUUAACUUAGUCGAAGAACUAACUGGUAAAGUACAAGCUGCAGAAAAAGAACUAAAACCUAUCGUAGCAAAACUUAACGAUAUAGAAAGAACUCAGUCUCCUGAUAGCGCUUUCUUCACCGACCAAACUAGAGCCAAGUCAGGAGAAUUUGGCUAUUCCCCACAGAGCUCCGAUAGCGAUGACAUUGACUUAAAAAUCUCAACCUUCGAAGACCAUACUAAGAAUCUUAAAGAUAAAUUCAAUUCUAUAGAUCAAAUGUCCCAAUCUAUGACUGUAGACAUUGAAAGAAGAGUUAUCACUGACUUAGCAGACACUAAUGAAAGGUACAGCGAAAGCCCUUCGAAGUCUUCAACGUCUUCGAAAGAAAAGAAAGGAUUUUGGGAAAGAAACUUCGAUUCCCUAAAACGGAAGAGUAAAAAACCAAAAUCUCCCGAAAAAGUCGACAUCAUGUCGCAGAGUUUGAACGAAAAUCUGUUCUAUAAUGAUAAUAUAGAAGCUGAUGUUAGUUUAGACAAAUUCAAUAGCUUAAGGCAUUCGAAGAAGAAGGAAAAAGCUCCUGGACCAGUCAAAAGCAAUUCAUCAUCAAAAAUACCAACAUUCGCUGCUUUAGGAAAGAUAAUGAAAAAAGAUUCGUUCAAUAAAAGAUCUAGAGAGAAUAGCCUCAAAAACGAUGAGUCAGACAAGGAGAACAAUUUGAAAAACCGUUAUAUUAAAAACACAAAACCGAUCAACGCCGACAAUAAAUACGUUAAAGCGAAAUCUCUAUCACCCGAUAAAAAAGAAGAAGAUAUCAUGGAAGAAGUUGACACAGAAGAACAAAAAGCUAAAGUUACCUUUGAGAAUACUCCUCCUAAAGAAAGCAGUAUACAAUCAGCUAAAAUUCUUCAUAGAAAGAGCUGUGGAGAUGAACCUAGUGUGAAAGAAUUUCAGAAAAUGGCUGAUGCUGUAAAAAUUCCUUCGCAAGAUGAUAUUGAUAGGAUAUCGAAGGUCACUAUAGAUGCUCCCAUAUUGCCAUCUGAUACUGAUAUGAAUACGUUAGGGAAAAGGACGCUGGACAGUCUAAUGGAGGUCGAAAGGAAACGACUUGAAAUGUUGGAGGAACAAGGAUGUCAAGUAAUCGAAAACGAACGUGAAAAGAUAUCGGAAUUAAAACGGCGAGUGCAAGACGAAACGAAAAAACUUUGGAAUCAGAAGUAUCGCUCGGAACAAAGCAAGUCGUUGGAGGAGCAGUAUCACAGCUUACCCCCUCUGUUGCCGCGAGAGGAUGAAGAGAAGACUUUCGACAGAAGUGCUAUGGAAGACAGCAGUCUUAUUGAUGAUAGUUUUAUGGCAAAUUCCAGCAUAUUUGAAGAGAGUUCCGGUCUUAUGUCAUCGUCCAUAGAGGAGCUCCAAGUAAGGAAUUCGCGCACUGAAUCGACAGAAGACGACAAACGCAGCGACGACAGCCGGCCGCUCAGUCAUGCAUCGGAUUUCAGCAGGGAUAAUAUCCUAUCACUGAGUUCAGCUCCGCGGCGCAGUCGACGCGGCGUGGCGCCGUACAGCGAGUCCCAGCGCCCUUUGACGCGGUACCUGCCUGUCGAUAGAGACGACUUCGAUCUCAGGAGACAUGUCGAAUCUGCUGGUCACCAAAUAGAAGUGUGUCCGUAUCUGACGGUCACUCCGACCUCCUGUCGCGGGUACCUUCACAAACUCGGCGCCAAGUUCCACACAUGGUCCAAACGGUGGUUCGUUUUCGAUCGCGAAACGAAAACGUUCGUCUACUACUGGGACAAGAGCGAGAAGAAGCCGAGAGGGGGAGCCUACUUCCAGGUCAUAGAAGAAGUAUACCUAGACCACGGGAACACAUCGAAAUCACCGAAUCCUUUAACUACAUUCAUAGUGAAGACGAGACAACGUCGCUACUACCUCAUGGCGCCCUCUGGCGAGGCAGCGAGAAUAUGGAUCGACGUUAUAUUCACAGGGGCCCAGGGCUAUACCGAAUAUUUAGAAUGAAAACCAUAUUUAAAAGCACUGAAGGAAACAUAUUUUAAUUAAGAUCUGAUUUUGGUUUAAAAUCAGACUUUUUGCAUAGAAACUCGGCAGGCGUUUCAUUUUUUGUAAUGACAACACUUGUCUUUUUUAGUCUGGCAAUGUAGGUAGGAAAUGUCAAAGUAAAGCAAGGUUUAUAACAGCAGAAGAAGUGAAUAUGGACAGGUAGGCUCCUAUUGAAUAUUUUUUGUUUGUCUGUAAGUUACGAACGUAGAAAUGACUUCACAUCCCGCCAAAAUAAGUAAUCGGUUUUAUCAUCUGUGCUAAUGUGUCAACUGUCAUUUUUGGCGGGUCGAAUGACAUGUCAAAUAAUGACAUUAUAUGGCAUGUUCAUUUGUUUUUACAGCCAAGAUUGUGCUUUAAAUUGGUAAAGUUAAUCUGGUAUUUGAAACUCAACAAAUUCAAUUUACUCCCUUAUGAUGCGUAGAUAUAUUUUUAUUAUUUUCUUUAUUUUAUUUUCAUUGGUAUUGAAUAUAGCAGUUAUUUCGAUUAAUUGCGAGUGGAAAUGGUUUAUUUACGCUCCAUAUUUAGGGGGUAAACAGAGUUAUGUUCGAAGUUGAAAAGCUGUAAAAUAUGAGAAGAGCGCACCUUGAUAAAUUAUUAAAAACCAGUGGGUCAACAUUUUAAAUUUUUUUUUAAUAUCUGACAUUAAAGCAAAAGGCAUGAUUUUGAAAAUAGAAACAGAAUUUUGUAAAACAAAUCACAUUUGCUCAUAAAAUUCCAUUUUGAAAAAAGAACUGCCAAAAAUGUACGAUAAAUUAGAUUGCCAUUGUAAAAAUAUCAUUUAUUUUAAUUCACCCGUCCUUUUCAUUGUAGCCUAAAUGUCACAAAGUAAAUAGUACUUACUGUAUAGGUAAUGAAGUCGAAAAUCCAUCGGUACCAUAGAUUUUAAGUACAUUAUGCAUUAAUUCUUGUCAAUUACUCGUAGAUAGAAAAUAGUGGGUGAUUUUUUAAUAUCCGGGUUUUAGUAAUAUCCGGAUAAACCGGCAAAUGUGGUGAAUAUGGGCUUGUACCUAUAAAUAUAAGAAAACUUUAUGUUACGUGAAGUUUUCUAUACGUAUGACAAAUACGCGAUUCGAAUACUUUUAUUGGAUACAAGAACUGUAUCUGAAAUAAGGACAAUGAAUCGUAUUUUAACCGGUUACGACACGAUAUUGCGUGGCCCGAUAUAUUUUAUUAUUUAAUAUAUCAUUAUACAUUUACGAUGCAGUAUUUUAUCUCUAUACAUAUACAUAUUUUCUUAACAAUUUUUUAUUCAAUGGAAUUUAAUAUCUCGAUUUUAGCAAUAAAAUUAAACUAUCAGUAUCCGGAAUUUGUACAAAAUGUAACGCCAUUUUAACCUGGAAUUUUGUACAACAACCGGACAAAACUUGUUUGUAAACGGAUAAUAAAUGAAAGUGCCAAUUUUAAUGAUUGUCUUAUGAAAUAUUAUGGCAGCUAUUUUUUAUACAAUAAUUAUACAAAAUCGGAUGAAAUCGGUGCCUUGUAUAAGACUGAAAAAUACUGAAAAUAAAGAAAAUCUGUAAUAUCAUGUCUUUAGUAUUAAAUAAAAGAUUGCUUGCAUGAAAAA